GAAAGGAGUCUUUUUAUCGGCUGUUUGUAUUUCAAAUGGACAACUUGGUUUAAAUCAUAUUUUGAAAAUUGUUUCAUAUAUUUUGUUCGAUUUUUAAUCUUUUUGGUAUAUUUUGCGAUUUUCUUGUCUGCCAAUUUCCACGGGUCCUUGUAUUGCGUUGAGAUUUUCAUUGUAUAAUAACUAAUAAUGACAUCAAGCAAAAAGGUCCGGACAAGGUGUUUUUUUGACAUCAAGAUAGGAGACCGACAAGCUGGACGGGUUGUCUUUGAGUUGUUCAAUGAUAUUUGUCCCAAAACUUGUGAAAAUUUCCGGGCUCUCUGUACAGGGGAAAUGGGUCUCGGAAAAACUACAGAUAAGCCUCUACACUACAAAGAUGUUGUUUUUCACCGUGUUGUUAAAAACUUCAUGAUCCAAGGAGGAGACUUCUCUAAUGGUAAUGGAAGAGGAGGAGAAUCAAUUUAUGGAGGAACUUUCAAAGACGAAAAUUUUGAAAUGAAGCAUGACAAACCUUAUCUACUUUCUAUGGCGAAUCGAGGACCAAACACUAACGGAUCGCAGUUUUUCAUCACUACUAAGCCGGCUCCUCAUCUAGAUGGAGUUCAUGUUGUGUUUGGCCAUGUUUUUUCUGGACAUGAGAUCGUUGAUGAAAUUGAAAAUCAGCCAACUGACAAGGCAUCCAAGCCUCUGACGAAUGUGAUGAUAUGCAACUGUGGAGAACUGGUUCCUCAAAUCAAAUCGAAAGAAAAGAAAAAGAGAAGACAUUCCGAAUCCGAGGAUGGCGAAAAAAGUAAAAGCAAAAAGAAGAAGAAAAGCAAAAAGAGCAAAAAACAUAGUAAACACUCCAAUGAUGAAAAGGAAACAAAAAAUGAUGAGACUGAGACUGCUAAUAAUGUAGAACCAGUCAAACCCGUAGACGAUAAUGAAUAUGAGUGUAGUGUAAAGCCCGAUGAGAUUCCUGAAAUACCUGAAAAUAAAUUCCUAAUGAGAACUGUAGUUAAAAAAGAUGACGAUAAAAAGAACGAGAAUCAAGAUGAAUCUUCAGUAAAAGAUCGACUAAGCAAACCUCGAGUCCAAGUCACUAGAUCUGGACGUAAAAUUAAAGGAAGAGGAUUUAGACGUUAUCGCACUCCAUCUCCUGGAGCAAUGCGUAAUGGAAGUGAAACACCACCUCACUGGAAAUUUGCACAAUCUCGAGUUAUGCGCCUCGAUGAAGUUUUGAAAUCAGACAAAAGAGAUAAUGAUGCUAAUUUGGAUGAUAGGAACAACAAUAGAAGUGAUCGUAACGAAAGAAAUGGGGAUAAAUUUGAUCGGAGAUCCGAUAGAUACAAUUAUCAAGGUAGAGACAGAUUCAGACGAGAAAAUGAUUACAACCGUGGCCGAUAUGACGAAUUUGGUUCAAGAUCAAGAAAUGAUAGAGAUGAUCAUCGAGAACGUCGUAGACUAGAUAGAGAUGAAGAUGAUAAAGAUCCUGACCGAAGGAAAAAAGCGAAAACUACCAAUGAAAAAGAUUCUGGUCACAAGGAGGAAAAAUCAGAAGGCAAAGAAGAUAGCGACAAAGAAUCUGGACAUAGAAGAAGAGCCAAAAAUGUAUAUGAAAAUUCUAGUCGUGAAGAAAGACGCAGUGAGAAAAACAGAGACAAUACUGAUAGGAAUUCUGACCGUAAAAGGAAAGAUAGAAGCGAUGAGAAAAAGGUUGAGCUCAAUCUUGACAACAGCGAAGAAAAGUCUAAAGAAAUGGAUGACACAGAUGAAAAUUCCGAUCGCAAAAAAGAACUAAAAGAAGACAAUAGUACAAUAGUCUCAGAAAAAGCAUCAGAGAGGUUUGUUAAUUCAAAAAGUGAUGAAGUCAGAGAAUCACAUCGAAGAAGAACCGAUAAAAAUGCUGAUGUAGAUGCAGAAGACUCUGGUCAUAGAGAGGAAAGACGCAGAGAAAAAGACGAAGAUAAAAGUCAUGAUCGUAAUAGAAAACAGAAGGAUGGCAACAAAGUUCCUAUCGUCCCAGAAAAAACACCGGAGAGCCUUAUUAAUAUAAAAAAUACUGAAGACUCAUAUCGACGAAGAACUGACAGAAAUGAUGAUGGAGAUAGAAGAGAAAGGACUGUUAAUGAGAAAAUUGGUCGAGAAGAAAGACGAAAAGAUAGAGAUACUCUUGAUAUUGGUUCAAGUCGUAUAACAAGCGAAAGAAAAGACGAUGAAGAUAAAGUUUUAGUUUCUGAUCGAAGAGAAAAAUCUACAUACGAAAAUGCUGGUAGAGAAGAGAGAAGAAAGGACAAAGACAGUAUUGAUAUGGACUCAAGUCGUAAAAAAUCCGAACGAAAUGAUGAUGGAGAUGGUGAAAAGGAUUCAUAUCGACGAAGAACUGACAGAUAUGAUGAUAGAGAUCGACGAGAAAGAACUGGUCGUGAGAAUAUCUCCCGAGACGAAAGACGAAAAGACAAAGAUAGUUCUGAUGUAGAUUCUGGUCGUAAAACAGCCGAAAAAAAUGACGAUGGAGAUAGAACUGUAGUUUCUGAACGCAGAGAUAAAUCUGGAAAUGAAAAUACUAGCCGAGAAGAGAGACGAAGUGAAAAAGACAAAGAGAAAGAAAAGGACAGUAUGGACAAAAUUUCUGAUCGUAAUCGAAAUGAAAGAGAUGAAAAGGAAAAGGUUGACCGUGAUCUUAGUCAUAGAGAGGAAAGGCGUAAAGAAAAAGAUGAAGAAAAGAGUUAUGAUCGAAAUAAAAAACAAAAGGAAGAAAACAGAACUACUAACGUCCCAGAACAAACAACUGAUAGGCUUACUAAUGUAAAAAGUGACGACUCAUAUCGACGAAGAACUGAUAGGAAUGAUGAUGGAGAUAGAGAUAGAAGAGACAGAAUUGUUAAUGAAAGGAUUGGUCGAGAAGAAAGACGAAAAGAUAGAGAUACUCUUGAUAUAGAUUCAAAUCGUAAAACAACUGAAAGAAAAGAUGACAGAGAUAAAGCUGUAGUUUCUGAUCGAAGAGAAAAAUCUGCCAAUGAAAACACUAGUCGAGAAGACAGAAGAAGUGAGAAAGACAAAGACAGUAUUGAUAAAAAUUCUGAUCGUAGAAGAAAAGAAAGAGAUGAAAAUGAAAAGAAGCGUGAUCUUGAUCACAGAGAGGAAAAGCGUAGAGAACGAGACAAUUUAGAUAAAAUAUCUGAUAGUAGAAGAAAAAAUAAAGAAGAAAACGAAAUUAGUACCGUUUCAGACGCAUCUUUUGAAAAGAAUGUUAAUGUAAAAAGUAAUGAAGACAUAGACACAAAUCGGCGAAGAACCGAAAGAAGUGACAAUGGAGAUAAAGUUAAAGUUUCUGACAGAAGAGAAAAGAGACGUUCUGUUGAGCGUGCAACUAAGCACAGUGAUUCUCGACCUGCUCGUAAUAAAAGUCGUGAUGAGAGUGAUAAGAAGAGACGUCAACGAUCAGCUUCAUCGUCAUCUUCUUCAUCUUCAGUAUCCUCAUCGUCAUCUUCGUCGUCAUCUUCCUCUUCAUCAACCUCAUCUGACUCUAGUUCAUCAUCUUCCGGCUCCAGCUCCAAAUCAUCAUACUCAAGUUCAUCUUCAUCUGAAUAAACGAUUAACCUCAAGUCGAUGUUUGGUAUUGAUUUUGAGAAGCCAUGUGAGAUUAGAUUUGUUCAAACUUGAAGCAUGUAAACAUCGCACAACUCCAUCUUUGAUUACAUCGAUAAAAAUCAAAGAAUCGGUAAGAGCAUCUGAACAUUUUGUGUUAAAUAUAUCAAAACGGAUCCAUCUUUAAUUCAAUCGACUUCGAAUAAGAUUAAAGUUGGUAAAUUUAAAUGUAUCUUUGAUAAGUCUUUUACAAUGAUCAAUUAUAACAUCAAUCAAUCUUUUAUUCCUUUUUUUCUUGACUGUUUUUCUACAUUGUAGUAUUGGAUAAAACAUGAGGAUUGAUGAUUGAUUCUGUAAAAUAUUCAACGUCUGAAUAAAAUAAUGAGAAUUCGUAGUAAUUCUGUCAAUA